AAGUGACACCCUUGAUAAGACGGGGGAACAUCGGUUGUGCCUACAGUAGGCUCUGCGGACUGACAGGGAUGAGCCGAAAGUUCUCAGGAUCGAGACUGAAGAGCUUUUGAUUCAGUGUAAGCAGUCACCGUGCGAUCUGGACAUCAUUUGUCAUCAGGUGUUCGAACUCUGACAGAACUUUCAUCAGCCUUCUGACUCUGUUGCCAUGGAGAAGCCUUGGAGGGUGAAAUUUAGGAAUGUGGACCAGACCUACUUCCCUCAAACCAGGGUGGAAUGUCGGUACACUAUAAGUGGUCACCACAAGUGGAGCAGUCGUGAUUGGAUAGGGCUUUUCAAGGCGGGAUGGGCAUCAAUGAAGGACUAUUACACGUUCGCCUGGGCUCUUGCUCCAGAAGGAUAUACAGUUGGCACAGAAGUGAACUGCAGUGUCCUCUUCCAGCCAUCCUAUCUACCAAGCCCUGGAGGGACAGCAUUCCAGUUUGUGUACAUAGAUGAGUCAGGGGAGAUCUGUGCAGUGAGCCCUCAGUUUACCUUCUGCGCACCAAGGCCUUUGGAUGAGCUGGUGACGCUGGAGGAGGAGAGGAAUGGAGCAGAAGAGAAUGAGGGAGAAGACUUACUGCUGGUGGUCCCCAAAGCUCAGAUACUCCAGAGCCAUCUGGACGCAUGUCAGCAAGAACUCAAGCAGUUACAGAAGAAACUUGAUGCUGCCACAGAGGAAGCAAAGAAACAGAGGGAGCGAAACGAAACAUCAAAGAUGGAUUUUGAAAAAGAGAGGGCCGAGAUGAAGAGUGAGAUUGAAGAACUGAGGGACAGCCUGAGAUGCAGCGUGGAGAAGAUUCAGCAAAUGGAAGAGAAGCAAAAGGAUAUGCUGAAGUCCAGUGAAAGUAUCUCUGCAGAGGUUAGUGUGCUGUUAGCAGAAGGAACUGAAAACCAGCAGCGAAUCAAAGAACUUGAGGAGGAUUUGCUCAAUCUGACUCAGCAAAAACAAGAGACGGACGCAGAGCUGGACAGGAUGAAAGAGAGAGUCAAGAAGAUGACUACACAAAGGAAGGAUGAGGAGGAUGAGAGGAGGAACUUGCAGACAGAGAGCGUACAGGCUCAUGAGGAGCUGCGGGUCCUGCAGGAGCGCCUGGAGGCAAGCGAACGGAGCACGGAGGCUUUACGGAGGGACCUGAGUGAACUCGGAGCCCUGCAGAGCCACAGCCAUGCUGAGCUGCAUCAGGUCAGGUUGCAGGCGGCACAAAUGACCCUGCAACUUUCCCAGGCCAACCUGGCGCUCCGUGAGGGACAAGCUGCCUGGUCCCAGGAAAGAGAGAGUAUGAGGCAAAGUGCGGAGCUGGAUAAGGAACGAAUCCAAAAACUGAGUCGUGAGCUUCAAAAAAAGGAAGAGUGGCUCCAAGAAGAAAGAACAGAGCGAGAGAAACUGGAGCUGGAGCUUGGAAAUGAGAAAGACUGCAACCGGGAGCUUAGGGCGAGUCUCAGAGCCAUACAGAAGGAGAGGGAGCAGCAGCAGCUGGAGAAACAGGAGCUCUUAGAUCACAUUCAUCUGCUGCAGCUGCGGAUGGAAAGGGAGGCCGAUGCCAAAUGGACAGAAGCAGCAUCUGCAACACUCAACAUUGAGAGCGCACCAUCAGCCAUAGAGACGUUUGGCCAUAAUGAUCUAGAGGAACCUCCUGAGAUACAACCUCUGAUCCACAAAGAGAGGGAUGAGGACAACCAGGAACAGACUGAACAGGAGAGCUCGAUUGGGACAAGAGAGCAAAGCAAGAGUGAAACAGACAGAAAAGAGAUGGUGCCAGUUAAUUUGGGAGUCCAGGAUGAUCCGAAUGCUAACAAAGACAAAGCGCUUAUCCUGUCUGACAUCAAGGGGCACAUACCGAGUGAUCUUGCUGAUUUUCCCUUGUGGUGACACACAGGAAUAGAGCAGAGGGAGGAGAACCUGAUGCUACUUGUUUACAUCCCUGCCACAUCAUGUGCUCGAGCUGAGUGUAACAUAUCAAAACAGAGCUCUGCAAGCUGCCUUGUUUCCUAAUUAAUGAGGUAUCUAAUGGAUAUGCUGUGUGCGACGGGUGUGUGCCUUUUAUUGUGUGAAUGUGUGGCUGUUGGUGUGAAAAUGAGUAAAUAAAUAAAUCAGGGAACUUUAUAAAGAUAGAUGCUUAAAUACAUGUGCCAACUUGAAUUCAUUAUUUAAAUAUGCUGUUUGAUUCAACACCUUUAUAUCUGUUUUUUUUGUGGAAUAUUUUAUAUAAAUCACAAGAUUAUAGAUCUAUAAUGUAAAAUGCUUGGGCAGACCUGGUUUAACUUCUGUACAUUUUACUGCACAAUUACUGUUUAUUUAGUGAAUCGAACAUAUUGGGAGGGGAAAUAAAGCACAUUGUGCCACAAUUUAUAAUAUGUAAACUCAGGACAUAAACAGUAAUUGCUCACUAAAAUGUGCUGAAAAUGUUCCCUGUGGUUUAUUUUCAGCCAACAAAACAUGUAAUUUGACCAGAGGUGUUUAAACACUCAUUUCACUGCUUAGAAAGAUGCAAUAACAUAAGCACAGAGUAGCCCACCCACUGAGGUUUGGGUACAUUUGCGGUGCUAGAUGAGUAGACGUGGGCAAUUGUAGCAAAAAAAUAACAUCAUGAUACUUUGAUACUUUCAAUGCACAAUGCAAAUCAUGAUGUUUCGUUUUUAUGAGAUUUGACAAAUAAAGCACCAGUGAAAAAAAAAAUACUGUCAAAAACUAUAAGCACAAUCAUUUUUCUCACAUUGAAAUUCACUAAAUCCAAAUUAACAGGACUAAUUACACGUCCUCUGUAAUAAAACAUGCAGUUAGUCAGUGUUCUUCAAGUACGAUCCACAGUAGACUCAGAAAAGCAUGCUGUGAUGUGAAUAAUCACAGUAAAUAUCGUGCUUUUGCCCACCCCUACUGAUCAGUUAGAUUAAUACAGUCUAUUAGCUUUGACUAAAUGUGCCUGAAAAGAUUUUGAAGUGUUACAGAUUCCUUUAUUUGUGUAUGCAGUGUUUACUUUGAAUGCUUUCACACAGUGAAAGAGAAUCUCUUCAAUAAAGUGCUGUCUAUUUAUUGAC